AUGCGGCUGGAAGAUGGCGCCCUCGGGCCCGGGCAGCGCCAGGCGGCGGUGCCGGCGGGUGUUGUACUGGAUCCCGGUGGUGUUCAUCAGCCUCCUGCUCGGCUGGUCCUACUACGCCUACGCCAUCCAGCUGUGCAUAGUGUCCAUGGAAAACAUUGGCGAACAAGCUGUGUGCCUGCUGGCCUAUCACCUGCUUUUUGCAAUGUUUGUCUGGUCGUACUGGAAAACUAUCUUUACGUUACCAAUGAAUCCUUCAAAAGAAUUCCAUCUCUCUUAUGCAGAGAAGGAGCUGUUGGAGAGAGAGCCAAGAGGAGAAGCCCAUCAGGAAAUUCUUAGGCGGGCAGCCAAGGACCUUCCCAUCUACACCAGGACCAUGUCUGGAGCAAUCCGAUAUUGUGACAGAUGCCAACUUAUAAAACCAGAUCGCUGCCAUCACUGUUCUGUCUGCGACAAAUGUAUUUUAAAGAUGGAUCAUCAUUGCCCAUGGGUGAACAACUGUGUUGGAUUUUCCAAUUAUAAAUUCUUUCUCCUUUUCUUGGCUUAUUCUCUGCUCUACUGCCUUUUUAUUGCGGCUACAGAUUUACAGUAUUUUAUCAAAUUUUGGACAAAUGGCCUACCUGAUACUCAAGCCAAGUUCCAUAUCAUGUUUUUAUUCUUUGCUGCAGCUAUGUUCUCUGUCAGCUUGUUUUCUCUGUUUGGCUAUCAUUGUUGGCUUGUCAGCAAAAAUAAGUCCACGUUAGAGGCAUUCAGAAGUCCAGUAUUUCGACAUGGAACAGAUAAGAAUGGAUUCAGCUUGGGUUUCAGUAAAAACAUGCGACAAGUUUUUGGUGAUGAGAAGAAGUACUGGUUGCUACCCGUUUUUUCGAGUCUAGGUGAUGGCUGCUCCUUUCCAACUUGCCUUGUUAACCAGGAUCCUGAACAACCAUCUACUCCUGCGGGACUGAAUUCAGCAGCUAAAAAUCCUGAAAACCAUCAAUUUCCUGCAAAGCCAUUGAGAGAGUCCCAGAGUCACCUUCUUACUGAUUCUCAGUCUUGGACAGAGAGCGGCACAAACCCAGGAAAAUGCAAAGCUGGUAUGAGCAAUCCUGCAUUAACCAUGGAGAAUGAGACUUAGCUCUUCAAGCAAAAUAAAUUCAUCCUUUAUAAAAGUAUCACUGCUGUUAGAUGAACGGAACUGGCUUCCCAUAGGAAGGUGCCAUUGGUCAGUUGGUCUAUAUUCCUUUGGCUGGAUAUGCAGAGUAUGAAUCAAUUAGCUCUCUCCAAGCUUUGCUUAAUAUGUAACACAUUUGGAUACUAAACACAGAUUGUAACAACUAACACAAAUCCCUAUUAAAUAUUAAAAGUAAUUCUGGUU